AUACUGAACUUCUUACGAAAGAGUCAUUCAUAAACUAGAAUGUUCUAUUCAAAAGAAGUUGCAUUCUCUCCGAACUGUUUAUAUAUUUCAAAUUAAAUUUACUGAAGGCUUAUGGCAUUCGUUUAAGGUUAUUUUAUUGGAAUAAGAGAUAAAUUUGAAAAACCGACUUGAAAAAAUAUGAGUUCUUCAACUUACAGCGAUGCCUUGUUACUAGAUAUGGAUAUCAGUGAUAUGAAUUCUAACGAUAAAAAGGAACAUCUCUUCAAGAUUCUUGUUAUUGGUGAACUUGGUGCUGGCAAGACUUCUAUUAUAAAACGCUAUGUUCAUCAGUUUUUUUCCCAGCAUUAUCGUGCUACAAUCGGGGUCGAUUUCGCCUUAAAAGUACUAAAUUGGGACGCUAAAAAUAUAAUAAGACUGCAGUUGUGGGAUAUUGCAGGGCAGGAGCGUUUUGGUAAUAUGACCAGAGUAUAUUACAAAGAAGCAGUAGGGGCAUUCAUAGUAUUUGAUGUUACUAGAAGUACAACACUUGAUGCAGUGGUAAAGUGGAAACAAGAUUUAGAUUCAAAAGUUCAGCUACCGGAUGGAACACCUAUACCAUGUAUAUUAUUAGCGAAUAAAUGCGAUCAACAAAAAGAUGGAUCUUUAAUAUCAUCGAAUAGAAUCGAAGAGUAUUGUAAAGAGAACAAUUUCGUGGGGUGGUUUGAGACAUCUGCAAAAGAAAAUAUAAAUAUCGAGCAAGCUGCAACUUUUUUAGUUGAUAAAGUGAACCUGGAGAAUUGCUUCAUCACUUAUAAUUAUACAACUCAAGAUGACUUGGUCCAACAUUAAUUUUGUACGAGGAGAGCGACUAUUGUAAAAGAAGGUGAACCUGCACAAUUGCUUCAUCAGUUACAAAUAUAGAACUCAGCAUAACUUGGUUCUACAUUAAUUUUGAACUAACUGGAAAUAUCACGCUCGCUGACGUUUGCUCGAUUAUAUUUUCAAUUAGUUAUUUUUUAAAUUUAUUGUAUGAAUUUACUUGUAAAUAAAAUUGACUAAAUAUCAGAAAAAUAAUGCCUGUAUUAGAUUUUUUCUCUUACGUGAAAAGGUUUUCUAUAAUAAUGUCA